AUGACUCAAGAGUUGUUCUUCGAAGUUCGUCGUCAAAAGAUUCAUGUUUAUCUCGACGCAGAUGAGACUCAGACUGUGAUGGACCUCAAAAGAAUGGUAUCUGGUAUCACCGAGGAAUCAAUUAACGACAUGGAAUUGUGGAAGCUUGAUGAAGAAGGUCGCAAAACUCAAGUUCUACACGAUACCGCCACUUUGGCAGAAUGUGGAUAUACAUCCAGCAAUGCCAAGGCCCAAUCACCGGCCUGUCUGGGAUACCGUCUCGUUUCAGUGGAUGAUCAACUCGAAAUCAUCGAUGUCUCAACUCCGCCACCGAUUCCAGAUACGAUGCGCCAAGAAGCUGCUCCACAAGAUUAA